CUGCUGUCAUCCGCCGCCCAGAUAUAGCGUACGGUGGUGUGUACAUGCAGCUGCAAGCAGAGAGGACCAAGGCGACAAUCUGACGUUGAAUUUCGGAGGGGCACGCCGCCGCCGCCUUCUUCUGGACAUUUGCUACCAAAGACAACCACAACCCAACCCCACGACAGCAAACCUGCACUGCCUGGUCUUCUGCCUCGCGCCUGCAAGUGAUCCAAUCUUUUUGUCGUCCGUUGUUCCUCACCUGCCGCCCUCUUUUUCCCUCAACUCCGACGCCCCCUCAAGGAGACUGCUGGCGCCCCUCCCAUUGCAAGCAGCGUAGCUGCUCUAGUCGCAACCCACCCACCUGCACAGCCAUCCAAGCCGACUAUUCCCCCUCUUGCUGCCACCGUGUAUCAGACACCAUGGCUGCCAACGGUUCGGCCGACUCGUUCGCCCCAGACACGAUUCUGGCGGCCAUGACGACCAUGCGUGGCGGAGAGCCGGAGAAGAAGAAGGUUGCGAUGGACUACCUGACCAAGUUCCAAAAAUCGAAAGAUGCCUGGACAACCACCCUCACGAUCCUCCAGUCCAGCACCGAGGCCGAGGCCAUGCUGUUCGCGGCGACAACGCUGAAGGGAAAGAUUACCUACGAUCUUCUUACACAAGUGCCCGAGAGCGACCUGCCUGCCCUUCGCGACCAGAUCCUCCUCCUCCUCAAGAAGUUUGCCGCCGGGCCCAAACCAGUCCGGGUGCAACUCUGCGUCUGCUUAGCAAUACUGGCGAUACAGCUGCGGUCCUGGAAGGAUGUCCUGCCCACUGUUGUAUCCGCCCUUGGAAGCGAUGCUCAGAGUGCUGGAGCCAUCCUCGACUUUCUCCGAGUUCUCCCAGAAGAGGUGACCGAAGGCCGUAAAAUUAACCUCUCUGAAGAUGAGCUCAUUGAGAGAACCACUGAGCUCUUGGCCGACAACGCGGAGCAAGUCAUCAACAUAUUCAUCAAUUACGCCCAGUCAUCAGCCGACGCUGCUCACAACCCCCAGCUGAUGGAAUGCAUAACCUCGUGGCUGCGUGAGAUCCCUAUCGACACCAUCGGGAAGUCUUCGCUCCUCAACAUUGUGAUCAGCGCUUUGGACAAUGACAACUGCUUGGAAUCCGCCGCCGAGUGCCUCGCUGCUAUCUGCCGAGAAACCAGGGACGUGGACGACAACUUGGAGAUGAUCCAGAUCCUCCUGCCCAGGAUCAUCGCAUUGCGGCCGAAGAUGCAGAAGGCGGCUGAGGAAGAGGACACUGAGGCGUUCAAAGCCCUGACACGCAUCUUUGCUGAAGCUGGGGACUCAUGGGUGGUCAUCAUCGCUCGUGAGCCAACGCAUUUCCGACCUCUUGUCGACAUCAUCUUGGAAUGCGCCGGCAGGGACAAGGACCGAGAUGUGAUCGAGCAUACCUUCAACUUUUGGUACGAGCUGAAGCAAAUGAUCGUCAUGGAGCGGUACGUUGAGGCCAGGAUGCACCUCUACGAUGUCUACGCUCAGUUGGUGGUUGUUCUUUUAAAGCAUCUGGAAUAUCCCGAAUCCGACACUGGAAACGAGCUCGACCUUUUCGACGGUGACCGCGAGCAGGAGGAGAAGUUCCGAGAAUUCCGUCAUCAUAUGGGAGACACACUCAAGGACUGCUGUCAGGUAUUGGGCGUGGCGGAUUGCUUGACCAAGGUUCUCGACGCCAUCAAGCUGUGGAUGCAGAAGUAUGCAAGUGGCGCAACUGCAACAUCAGUGCCACAUUGGCAAGAACUCGAGGCUCCCGUGUUCGCUAUGCGCGCAUUGGGACGGAUGGUUGAGAAGGACGAGAGUACUGUCUUGCCACAACUGAUGCCACUGCUGGUGCAGAUGCCAAGCCAUGAGAAGUUGCGUUUCGCUACCAUCAUGGUCUUUGGGCGCUACACUGAGUGGACCGCACACCACCCCGAGUUCCUGCAACCACAGUUCAACUACAUCAUCACCUCAUUCGAGGCAGACUCCAGGGAUGUUGUCCGCGCUGCCGCUCAGGCCAUCAAGUUCUUCUGUCAGGAUUGCAAGAGCCUGCUGAGUGAUCAGGUCGUUCAGAUGCAAUCAUUCUACGACCAGAUUCUUGACAAGCUCCCAGUGAUGAGUCAAGAAGAGGUAACCGAAGGAGUCGCCAGUGUUGUCGGCGUUCAGAAGAAUGAAGAGGUCUACAGGCUUCUGAAGUUGUACUGCGACCCGCUGGUGAACCGACUGAUGGUGAAAGCCAACCAUGCCUCGGAUGAAGCAGGCAAAUUGGCAAUAGCUGACCACGUGCAACUCCUCACACUUUUCGUCCAAAAUGUCAUUCCCGUUGUGGAAUUCGGACAGGAGGAUCCUGCUGUCAAGUACUGGCAGGAGGUCUUCCCUAUUCUGUCUACCGUUCUGGACAACUUCUCCGACUUCUCCCCCAUCUGUGAAAGAAUUUGCAGGUGUUGGCGCAACAUGGUCAUCUCGUAUCGCACAGGGAUUACACCUCUGCUGCCGCAGUUGGCCAAUAAGCUUGCCGAGGGCUUUGUGAAGACCAAGCAAGGUGCUUUCCUGUGGGCAACAGGUGCCAUCCUCCGAGAAUUCUCUGAGGAUCGCGAGCACGUGGACGACGCCAUUACCGAAAACAUCUACCAAUUUUUCGAGUCCCAGGCGACGAGCGUACUCAGGGUCAUGAGUGACAUCCCCCCGGCGGAGUUGCCCGAUAUCAUCGAGGACUUCUUCCGUUUGCUGACUGAUGCGUUGCUCUACUACCCUCAUAAGCUGCUGUUUUCGCAACUCCUCGCCCCCAUCUUCCAAGCCGCCGUCUCUUCCCUGGCACUGGAGCAGCGUGACCCACUCUCAGCGACAUUACACUUCCUACGGGACCUGCUCACUUACGGUGGGAGCAACCCCGCAUCUACCAUGCAGCUCGGGCCUGCCUCUGACCAGAUGCAAGCCACCGUCAAACAACUCCUCGUGGCGCACGGUGAGCCGCUGGUCAAGGCGAUCCUGGCAGGCAUGAUGAUCACGUUCCCGCGGGACUGCUUCGCCGACGGCAGCGGUGUGCUCCUCGAGCUAUUCGGGCUGCUGCCCUCCGAGACUACCGUGUGGGUGGAGCGGACGAUCAAGAUGCUGCCCGACGGCACAGUCAGCCCGGUCGAGGCGAACAGGCUGAUCACCAAGAUCAAGGAGAGGCUGUCAGCGAACGAUGCCGGCGGACUGAGGCAGGUAAGAGUGCUACUGCAGGAUUUCACUAACACGUACCGAAGGCGGUACGUAGCCCCGCGCGACGGGCUGGGGCAGCUGGAGGGCGCUCGCUUCCAUUAUGAGGGAUAGUUUCUCGAUCACGCGGGAGGACUUUUGUAAUGCAGAGGGAGGCGAAUUAUCGAAGAAAGAGUAUCAAUAGAACUAGUUGGCGGUAGUUUAGCCUGGGCAUCGAUAUCUCGAGAAGGGCAACGUGGCAGGCGGGGGAUAUGAUCCCUCAUGUCAACUUGGGAAUGGAAGACAAUCGAAGGCUACAUUGCGUCAAGAUGCGCCAACGAACGGCGGAUGAAGUCGCCAUGCAAUCGACUCGUAGUCUGGGGCGAGGGUAGCGGAGGCUGAGAGGGGCACGCACACACAUGCCGGAACCAUGAGCUGGUGAUAUGGACGAAUCGUGACCCGCCGGGCGAAAUGUCACCAUACCCCGGGGCAAGCCCAUGGAGCAACACAGAGAGAGGGAGGCACGACGAUAAAACAGGG